AUGUCAUUAGGAACGCCCAAAAACAACAUUCUUAAUCGAGCUGUACAGCAAUUGGUCGACAUGGGCGUACCAGUGGUUGUUGCAGCCGGCAACUCAGACUCUAAUGCCUGUCGAUUCUCGCCGUCAAGCGCCCAAGGAGCAUUUGUAGUUGGUGCACUCGACGACCGGCUUGACACGGCAGCUACCUUCACCAACUGGGGAGAAUGUGUAGAUGCAUUUGCGUCUGGUGUGAAUGUCGAAAGCAUAUCCAUCUUCAACAACUCUCCAGUCAAGUAUUCUGGCACUUCAGUCUCCUCGCCAAUUGCAGCUGGGCUCAUUGCCUACUUCAUGGGCAUGGGAGAUUCGGGUGAAGUGGCUACCCAACGAGUAAGUAAACUGAUCUCUAUUAUUCUAUCACGACUUGGACCCAACUAA